AUGGGGAAGAAAAAGAAAUGUGCUUUGCAGGUCAUCAUGGAGGAUGGUUGGUAUCGCUACGAGAUCGUGUCAGUUUGGAUGCUGCCAACUGGAAUAGAGAUUGAUGGACAAAUCGAAAGUGACACAGAGAGUGAAGAAGAUGAAGAAAAGGACAAGACACCUAAGAAACAGCAGCGGAGGGAAACGAGCAGAGCAAACAGACCUGAAGGGAAAAAGCAAGAGGAAGACGAAGAUGAUGAUGAGAGCAAAGAGGAAGACAGUUGUGUGAAAAACAUUCCUCCCGAGGCAGCUGUAGCCCCAGGCAACGCUUUUGUACCUGAAGCGUGUACUUCCUCUGCUUCUUCCAACUCAUCUGAGGAGGAGUCGCUGGCAGAGGAAGAGCUCGCGAUGCUGAUGGAGCAAGUGGAGCAAAAGAAAAAACUGAUUUCCACCAUGAGGAACAAACCCUGGAGGAUGGUGAAGAAGCUCUCAGUGCUCAGUACUUCCUCUGCUUCUUCCAACUCAUCUGAGGAGGAGUCGCUGGCAGAGGAAGAGCUCGCGAUGCUGAUGGAGCAAGUGGAGCAAAAGAAAAAACUGAUUUCCACCAUGAGGAACAAACCCUGGAGGAUGGUGAAGAAGCUCUCAGUGCUCAGGGAGGCACAAGCUUUCGUAGAGAAGUUUGAAGGAGCUCUGGGAAAAGGGAAGGGCAAAAAGUUGUACGCGUAUAAGAUGAUGAUGGCAAAGAAAUGGGUGAAAUUCAAGAGAGACUUUGACAAUUUUAAAACCCAGUGCAUACCCUGGGAGAUGAAGAUAAAAGAAGUGGAGAGUCAUUUUGGCUCCUCAGUUGCUUCCUACUUCAUAUUUCUGCGAUGGAUGUACGGAGUAAAUCUUGUCCUUUUUGGGUUAAUAUUUGGACUGGUUAUAAUUCCAGAGGUCCUGAUGGGAAUGCCAUACGGGAGCAUGCCGAGGAAAACCGUACCCCGGGCUGAACAAGCAACAGCUAUGGAUUUUUCAGUUCUUUGGGAUUUUGAGGGCUACAUCAAGUACUCGGCGCUCUUUUACGGCUACUACAACAACCAGCGGACAAUUGGCUGGUUAAAAUACAGGCUGCCGAUGGCUUAUUUCAUGGUUGGGAUCAGUGUCUUUGGCUACAGCCUUAUGGUUGUUAUAAGAUCGAUGGCUCGCAAUGCCAACGAAAAUACAGCAGACGGGGACGAUGACAACUUCAUUUUCAGCUGGAAAAUGUUCACCAGCUGGGACUACCUCAUUGGCAACCCAGAGACAGCAGACAACAAGUUCGCAUCCAUCACCACCAGCUUCAAGGAGUCUAUUGUGGACGAGCAAGAAAGUAACAAGGAUGAGAACAUCCACCUGAGGAGGUUCCUGCGCGUUUUGGCCAAUGUCCUCAUCAUCUGCUGCUUGUGCGGGAGCGGCUACCUCAUUUAUUUUGUGGUGAAACGCUCCCAGACGUUUUCCAAAAUGCAAAACGUUGGUUGGUAUGAAAGAAAUGAGGUUGAAAUCGUGAUGUCCUUGCUGGGCAUGUUUUGCCCUCCCCUGUUUGAAACCAUCGCUGCGCUGGAAAAUUACCAUCCCCGCAUCGGGCUGAAGUGGCAGCUGGGGCGCAUCUUCGCCCUCUUCCUCGGGAACCUCUACACCUUCUUGUUGGCUUUGAUGGAUGACGUCAACGAAAAACUGGCUGAAGAGGAUGUGGUGAAGAACAUCACGCGCUGGACACUGCUUGGCCACCACAACUCAUCUGCAGGCAACGGCAGCACCGCCACCCCACCUCCCCUUGAUCCUGCAGACGUGCCCAGGGGACCCUGCUGGGAGACAACUGUUGGCAUUGAGUUCGUAAGGCUCACCGUGUCCGAUAUCCUGGUGACCUACAUAACCAUCCUGGUGGGAGACUUCAUCCGAGCUUGCUUCGUCAGAUUUAUGAAUUACUGUUGGUGCUGGGACCUAGAGGCUGGAUUUCCAUCCUACGCAGAGUUUGACAUCAGUGGCAAUGUUUUGGGUUUGGUCUUCAACCAGGGAAUGAUUUGGAUGGGCUCCUUUUACGCUCCAGGGCUCGUGGGUAUAAACGUGCUGCGCUUAUUAACCUCCAUGUAUUUUCAGUGCUGGGCUGUCAUGAGCAGCAAUGUCCCUCACGAGCGAGUCUUCAAAGCCUCCAAGUCCAAUAAUUUUUACAUGGGACUUUUGCUGUUGAUCCUGUUUCUCAGCCUCCUGCCCGUGGCUUACACCAUCAUGUCCCUGCCUCCCUCCUUUGACUGUGGACCCUUCAGUGGAAAGAAAAGGAUGUAUGAAGUCAUCCAAGAGACCAUCGAGCUCGAUUUCCCACUUUUUGUUGCCAAGAUCUUCAGCUACGUGGCAAAUCCAGGAUUGAUCAUACCUGCAAUUCUGCUCAUGGUCCUGGCCAUCUAUUACCUCAACGCUGUGGCUGAAGCCUACCAGCGUGCCAAUGCAGAGCUGAAGAAGAAAAUGCAAAUGCAACGUGAAGAGGAGAAAAACAAGAGAAACAACAAAGCCAGCACUAACCCUGCGCUGCAAGAUCUGGAGGAUUUACUCACACCAAGUACGAAGAGCGAAAGUCACCCCAAACAAGCAGAAGGUAAAAACUAA